CUCCGCCGUCGAAGGAUGAUCGAUCGAUGAUGACGAUAACGACGACGAGCUGGUGAAGCCAACUACUGUGUGUUCUUUGAAGGUAUCAAGUCCUUGAGAAAGACUUCCAGCGGAAACUCUGUGUUUGCAGUGAGGUUGUUUCGGAAGAAGAGAAGGCCCCUUCCUUGCGAGCUUGCAUUUGAAGAAACAACAAGAACAGGAGGCCAGGCAGCUGGUUCGGUCCCUUCGUCAAGAUGUCGGCUCUCUUCAAUUUCCAGUCACUUCUGCUGGUCUUCCUGCUUAUCAUCUGUACGAGCACCUACGCCCACUCAAUCAUGCCGGGAAUCAUGGAUCGGAAUCAGAAUGGCUUCUUCGGUAUCUUCUGGAAAUGUGCUCGCAUCGGUGAACGGCUGAGUCCCUACGUCAGUAUUUGCUGCGUGGUGAUGGCUGUUUCCAUCUUCUUUGGCGGCUGAUCGAGGUGUCUUGCUUUUCUCACGGAUUCAGGAAAUCGCAUGGUAGUAUACUGUCCUUUACAUCAGCCAGUGGCGUUAAUUUGAAGUUUUUCACUCUCACCAUGCCGUUUGUGUAGCAUGAAGCUUGAUGGUUUCUUCUUGAAUUUUAGAAGUGAUGGAUAUGUACAUGAUAUCGAAGAAAUGUGACUUUUACUCCAC